GGACACUGACAGCUGGCCAUAUUCUUACCUCUUUUCUGAGCUCCAGAAUGUGAUCCCUGGAUCCCCCAGUCUCCCUGAGCCUUCCAAACCUAGCUCCCCUGCCCCCCACCACUCAGAACUGCUCUCUCUCCAGACCCCGAGACCUUCGUGACCAUCCAGCCUUUGAACCCUUUGGUGCGUCGCCAGUGCAGUCCACAGAAUCUCUCUGCAAGGACAUGGUCUCCAGGAGCGGCUGUGCCUGAAGAUUGCCUCCCCCAGAGGCUGGUCUGCUGUCUCUUCCCAACUGAUUUCGGCUUGGUAAAACCUGACAGGGUGCCCACCAGUGAGUGGGUCCCAUCCUGGGAGCAGCCCUGGCUUGACCUUUUCCAUGAUGGAGAAGGUGACAGGUAAUGUCCCCCCGUGUGGGCACUUUGAGGCCGACGUCUUUGCAAGGAGUUACUGCCAGAAUUGUUCCGAGGUCCAGGAGGCUCACUGUGAGCCCAGCACACAGCAGGAGAUCGGGGGACCUCUGGGGGCCGAGGCGUCUUACUGUGACCUGCAGCAAGCUUCCCCCUACCCCAACGACACCCUCUGCAUCUUGGUCCCCAGCUGUGAGUUGGUGGUGGCCGCUGGUCGUGGGCAAAGGUCUGAGAGUCUUGGGGUUCCAGUGGAGUGGCCCCUAGCAGAGAGCCUCGCAGCCCAGCCUUGGGGCCAAGAGAUCAGGAGUGGAGUGCCCUACCUAGAGAGCCUGACCUGCACACACUUCAGAAGCUGUUCAGAGGACAGCGGAGCCUUUGCCAUCAUCAGACCUGACUGCAACCCAGGCCGCCACUAUCCUGAUGAUACCAGCACCCCGGACUCUGUGGACUUGGAUGCUGUCGACUGGCCUGAUAAGCCCUUGGGCUUCGACGAGCUCCCCAUGAUGUUCUCCAGACAUCAGGAACGGGAACGCCCACAAGCUGACGGUCCCCGAAGGGCUCCAUCCUCAGUUUCUAGGUCAUCAGCCACAGAUCCUAGUCCUGGGAACCAGAGUUCUAGGGAGAGCCGAGCUAAGUCUCGUGGGGAGAGUAGUUACUUUUGCUUGGAAAGGAACAAGUUGGACCCAACCCAGACCUCCCAAAGUCAACAAAGUGGACUUAGAAGUACAACACGGAACCCAGGUCCUACAAAACCCACACACCAUGACACAUACUCGGCCUCGUCUUCCCACCGAUCCAUCCAAAGAGACACCACCAGGGCCUCAUCUCCCCACCGAUCCACCCAAAGGGACACCACCAGGGCCUCAUCUCCCCACCGAUCCACCCAAAGGGACACCACCAGGGCCUCAUCUCCCCACCGAUCCACCCAAAGGGACACCACCAGGGCCUCAUCUCCCCACCGAUCCACCCAAAGGGACACCACCAGGGCCUCAUCUCCCCACCGAUCCACCCAAAGGGACACCACCAGGGCCUCAUCUCCCCACCGAUCCACCCAAAGGGACACCACCAGGGCCUCAUCUCCCCACCGAUCCACCCAAAGGGACACCACCAGGGCCUCAUCUCCCCACCGAUCCACCCAAAGGGACACCACCAGGGCCUCAUCUCCCCACCGAUCCACCCAAAGGGACACCACCAGGGCCUCAUCUCCCCAUCGAUCUACACAAAGAGACACUAUCCAAUGCUCUGCUACCCAGUGGGACAACCCUAGAACCUGUUCUACCCAACGAGACAACCCUGGGACUUCUUCUCCUGCCAGGCCCACCACAAAGGACAAUCCUCGGGCCUCUUCCACCCAACGGGACAACCCUAGAACCUGUUCUACCCAACGAGACAACCCUGGGACUUCUUCUCCUGCCAGGCCCACCACAAAGGACAAUCCUCGGGCCUCUUCCACCCAGCGGGACCACCCUAGAACCUGUUCUACCCAACGAGACAAUCCUGGGACUUCUGCCAGGCCUACCCCAAAGGACAAUCCUCGAGCCUCUUCCACCCAACGGGACAAUCCUAGAACCUGUUCUACCCAACGAGACAACCCUGGGACUUCUUCUCCUGCCAGGCCCACUGCAAAGGACAAUCCUCGGGCCUCUUCUACCCAAAGGGACAGCCCAGGGCCUUCCUCUCCCACACGAUCCAGCCAACGGAGCAACCCCCGGACCUCUUCUCCCCACCGCACUAACCGUGAUAUUCCUUGGGCUUCUUUCCCCCUCCGCCCGGUCCAAAGUGAUGGACCUCGGGCUUCUUCUCCAACCCGCUCUAAACAAAGUGAGGUCCCCUGGGCCUCUUUUCCUCUCCGGCCAGUCCAAGGUGACAACUCUCGGACCUCUUCUCCCACUCGUUCAUCUCAAAUUUCUUCUAAAACCAGCCAACGUGAUAUCCCAACUCGGGGCUCCAUUUGCCACAGUGGCCCUCGGAGCUCCACCCCACCUCUCUCAUCCACACGUACCUCCCAGGCCUCUUCUCUCUCACGCUCUACCUCUCUUGACUCUCCUCAGCCUUCUUCAGCUGUGUGCAUUGGGCACCGAGAUGCACCCCGCGCAUCGUCACCUCCCCGAUUCUGUCAGCAUGACCCAUUCUCAUUCUUUCCUGACCCCCAUGAUGACGAGAGCCAAUCCCCCCAUCAUGAUCCCCCGUAUAUCCCUCCAGCUGUCUGCAUUGGGCACCGGGAUGCCCCUCGGGCCUCCUCGCCCCCUCGCCACUCCCAAUAUGACCCCUUUCCUUUCCUCCCAAAUACCUCAGACACAGAGAGCCAAUCUCCUCAACAUGACCCUCCCCAGAUGCCACCUCCUGUGUGCAUUGGGCACCGAGAUGCCCCCCGGGCCUCUUCUCCCCCACGCCAGUCACCACAAGAAUCUUCCCUCCUCUACCAAGACGCCCCUGGGGCUAGUUCUGAGAGCUUGGCUCCCUCCACAAGCUCCAUGCAUGAUCCCCCCCACAUACCACCUCCUGUCUGCAUUGGGCACCGGGAUGCCCCUCCCUUCUCUUCUCCCCCACGCCAUGUUCAUCAUGACCCUUCUCUCCUCUACCAGGACCCCCCUGGGGCCAGCUGUGAAAGCCUUGCUCUCUCUAUGGAUUCCCAACAUGAUCCUCCCCAGAUUCCCACUCCUGUCUGUAUCGGGCACCGGGAUGCCCCACUUUUUACUUCCCCACCACGCCAGGCCUACCAUGACCCUUCCCUCCUCAACCAGGACCCUCCAGGUGCCAGCUCUGAGAGCCUUGCUCCCUCCAUGGAUUGCUUCCAUGGACAUGAUGCCCUCCAACCAACCCUCCAUGUGUGCAUUGGGCACCGAGAUGCCCCACGUGCCUCCUCUCCACCUCGCCAUUGGGACCCUCCAGGAGUUGCUAGGUGUUCCAUCCCCCCACCAGGACCUUCUGGUUGCAAGGGGUCUGGUACUGGGGAUGGAAGACAUAACCUGGAACGGGAGGAGUACACAAUGUUGGCUGAUCUCCCCCAACCCAAGAGGCUGAACCAGAAAGAAGCCAUGGGCAAGCAGAGCGGCAAUGCCAGUGACCGCUCCCGCAGCCCUGGACGAUCUGAGGUGGAUCGAAUCUUUGGGAAUGAGCGCAGGAAGUCUGAAGCCCUGGAAACAUACCAGGCCCUGGAAGUUGGGAGAGCACAGAGAGGUGGGCUUGCCUCUGGGCAGCUCCAGCGAAGGCAGUCCAGCCCGGCCCUCUGCAGAGAGGUGACCAAGAAGUCCCCCCAAUCUUCAGAACAAGCCCGGAGGGGCCGAAUGGAGCCUCCUUACACCAAGAGCCCAGAGAGACGCCUUGAGGGAGACCGACGGAACAAGGGGGGCUCCACCCCCCCCAAGAAUCUGGUCAAACUCCCAGAGAGGGAAAGCAGAGCCCGGGGUCAGCUCGUGCAUUCCAAGAGCCUAGACAUUCCCCCUGAGAAUGAUCGACUAGGGCACAGGCAGCCUUCAGGCCUUAGGCACUUAGGAAAGUCCAUGGAGGAGGAAUGGAUGCCUCCAGAGGAGUCUGCCAUCCCCAGGUCUCCCCAGAGACACCUGGAGAGGGACCGGGGCGGCCCAGGCCAGGCCUAUUCAGAGGGGUGCUUGGAGGGGGACUUCCAAAGUCAGGGGGGGUAUUCCUGCAACAAAGCUCUGGAGAUGUAUCCGGAUAGUGAAUGGAGAGGCCCAGCCAAAGAGAUUGUAGGCUGCUGGAGGUCAUUAGCAGAACAAGUAUGUUGCAGGCGGCUGGAAAGGCUUCAACAGAGUGGGCAGCUCGUGGACUGGGAUGAACUGCCCCAGCCCAAGGGGUCUGAAUGGGACUGUAAUGGCCUGGGGGGACUCACCCAGCCCACUGGUCCAGAGAGACCCACCAAGGUGUCCUGGGGAAACCUAGGAGAGCUUGCCCAUCCUCGGAGGCUGGAGAGAGCAGAUGAGAUGGACUGGGGAAGCCUGGGGGAGUUGCCCCUCCCUCGGAGGCCUGAGAGACCCUUGGCCAUGGACUGGCGGGAACUGGGAGGGCUUCCUCAUCCUCGAGGCCCUGAGAGACCUGUGGGAAGUGACUGGGGAAGCCUAGGGGAGCUUCUUCGACCUAGGAGCCCAGAAUUGUGCAGAGAGAUGGUCUGGGGGGCCAAGGGGGAACCCGUGUUUACAGAGGGAUCCUGGCUGGAGAAUGGGGAGGCCCGUCCCCCCAAAGGCCCAGAGGAGGCCCCGGAGAGAGAAUGGCAGAGCACCUCGGAGCCUGCAGGGCUGGUAAUCCAUGACAGGCAGGCAGAAAUGAAUGGGUACAGUCCCGAGGAGCGCCUCCUGAGCCCAAUUCCUUCAGUGGAGGAGAACGGGGCUGACCUGGUGCAGCCCAUUGGCUCAGCCCCGUGGCCAAAGAUCAAAAUGGAGAGCCGUCAGAGGGCCUUGGAGGUGGCUGGUCUGCAGGAGGAAGAGGACAAGAUGGGAAACAACCUACAACUGGGCCCACACCCAUCUAAGGAGCCUGAACCAGAAGGCAGCGCCCUCCCAGAGCCUGGACAUCCAGGAGCAGCCGAAGGCCAAGAGCCAUCUCUGAUGACUGACCAGGAGAACACUGACACGGCAGACAACGUCCUAACGAAGGGAAAGGCUGUGCGCCCCACCAAGGGCCGACUGGUGACUUCAUGGCGCAUGCCCGGAGACCAGCCCACGCUCUUCAACCCGUUCCUGAUUUCCCUGGGGGUUCUCAAAUGGCGAAGGCCCGAUCUCCUCAACUUUAAGAAGGGAUGGAUGUCCAUUCUGGAUGAACCAGGAGAGUGGAAGAAGCACUGGUUUGUGUUGACUGACUCCAGCCUCAAGUAUUACCGGGACUCAAAUGCCGAGGAGGCUGAUGAGCUGGACGGAGAGAUCGACCUGCGUUCCUGCACCGAUGUGACUGAGUUCCCCGUCCAGCGCAACUAUGGCUUCCAGAUCCACACCAAAGAAGCCAUCUUCACGCUGUCGGCCAUGACGUCGGGCAUCCGCAGGAACUGGAUUGAGGCCCUGAGGAAGACGGUGCGGCCAGCCAGUGCCCCCGAUGUCACCAAGCUGUCCGACAGCAACAAGGAGAACACCAUCCACGGCUACAGCUCCCAGAAGGGCUCGUCCAGGGCCGAGGAGCAGCGUCCGGCCCCGGAAGUCAUCGGCCGGAGCACCGGCCGGAAGGCGGACGGGCCGCGCCAGUCCUUCGACUACGUGGAGCUCUCCCCGCUGCACCAGGGCGCGCCGCAGCGCCGGGGGGGCAGCGUGCGGGGGGCCAAGCAGGAGGAGCUGGAGCGGGACCUGGCCCAGCGCUCCGAGGAGCGCCGCAAGUGGUUCGAGGCGAGCAACAGCCGGGCCGGCGAGCCGGCGGCGGGCGAGGGGCCCCGCAAGGCGCUCGGGGGCCCCCUCACCGAGGACCAGCAGAGCCGGCUCAGCGAUGAGAUUGAGAAGAAGUGGUUAGAACUGGAGAGGCUGCCCCUGAGGGAGAGCAAACGGGUGCCCCUGACGGCUCUGCUCCCCCAGAGCAAAGGGGAGCACAAGGGGCCUCCCGGAGACUCGACCGAGGCCCUGGAGAAGGAGGUCCAGUCCCUGCGGGCUCAGCUGGAGUCCUGUCGUCUUCGAGGGGAUGGUUCCCGGGACCCACCCAAACCUCACGAGGAUGGCCACAUCCCCCGGGGCUUUAUCUCCCAGGAAGCAUGUGAGCGGAGCCUAGCGGAGAUGGAGUCAUCCCACCAGCAGGUGAUGGAAGAGUUGCAGCGGCAUCACCAGCGAGAACUGGAGCGGCUACAGCAGGAGAAGGAAUGGCUUUUGGCGGAGGAGACAGCAGCCACAGCCUCUGCCAUUGAGGCCAUGAAGAAAGCCUUUAAGGAAGAGCUCAACAAGGAGCUGGGAAAGACGAGAAGUCUUCAGCAAGGCCCAGAGAGUCUCCGGAAACAGCACCAGUCUGACGUGGAUUCUCUGAAGCGAGAAUUGCAGGUUCUCUCGGAGCAAUACUCCCAGAAGUGCUUGGAGAUCGGAGACCUGACCCGCCAGGCUGAGGAACGGGAGCGCAUCUUGCAGCAUUGUCAGCAGGAAGGCAAGGGGCUGCUGAGGCAGAACCAGGAACUUCACUCACGCCUUUCAGAAGAGAUCGGCCAAUUAAGAAACUUCAUCGCCUCCCAGGCCUCGAGCGAAGGCCACGGGCGAAACAACGAGAGGAACUCCUACGAACUGAAGAUGCUCCUCCGGGUGAAGGAGAACGAGCUUCAGUACCUGAAGAAGGAAGUUCAGUGCCUCCGGGACGAGCUGCAGAUGAUAUACAAGGACAAGCGCUUUGCCUCAGGGAAGUACCAGGAUGUCUACGUGGAGCUGAACCAUAUCAAGACCCGGUCAGAGUGGGAGAUCGAGCAACUGAAGGAACACCUCCGCCUGGCCAUGGCUGCGCUCCGAGAAAAGGAGUCGCUGCGCAACAAUCUGGACAACUAGAGGUUCCGGUCGCUCCAUCCCCUGUUGGACCCUCCCAGCAGAAGGGAGACGCGGUCUCCCCAUUCCCGAGGAGACCAGAAGCCAAGCUUUCUCACCAUACCUUCCUGGGCAGCGCGGACACACACACACUCACACACACUCACGCACACUCAUGCACACUCACACUCACACACUCACACUCACACACACACACUCACACACACUCUGCGGAUCUGAGCGCGCCCUUCACACUGGGUCUUAACGUGCACCUUCUUCGGGAUUUUAUAUGUGAAAAGAUUUUUAUAGAGUUUUUUUCCUCCCCCCUUUUUUAAGCCUAGAACUGAGGGGGCUCUCUCCUACCGCCCCCCUCAGCCAGCAGCCCCAGCUGGGGGUGGGGGCAGCCCCUGCGGCUCAGUCUGCAGGAGGAGAACCGGCUUCCCCCCACCCCAGCCCCCCACCUCUCUCAUUCCUGCCUGCUGUGGGCCUUCCCCCACACCGAGGCUGGCUGCCCCUGCUGCCUCGGGCUGGGGAUGGACAGACGGACGGAUGGACAGAUGGCUAUGGGGAGGGGGAGGGGACGUGUGAAGCUGGGCCGCCGGAGCCAAAAGUGAAGGCGGGGCAUUUCUCCUGCACAGUAAACUUUUAACUUAAUAAAACAUCCUCUUAGCUCUGGGUCCUCGAUCCCUGGGAACGAGAAGCGGGCAGUGGGGAGCUGGCCUUUCUGUCCCACAAAUUCAGUUAAGAAUCAGUGCCACAGGGGGCAGCUGGGUAGCUCAGUGGAUGGAGAGCCAGGCCCAGAGACCGGAGGUCCUGGGUUCAAAUGUGACCUCAGCCACUUCCCAGCUGGGUGGCCCUGGGCAAGUCACUUAACCUAAUUGCCUAGCCCUGGCUGCUCUUCUGUCUUGGAACCAAUACAUAGUAUUGAAUCCAAGACAGAAGGUGAGAGUUUAAAAAAAUAAAAAAAGAAUCCAUGCCACAAAAUCAGAGGCACAGAGAUCUGGUGCUGGGAGCGACCUUAGAAGCCAUCUAGCCCACUUGACAGAUGAGAAAACUGAGGCCCAGCGAUGGCCACUGCUAGUUAGUGUCAGGAAUGGGACUUUAGGGAUGGAUUUCCUCUUUCCCCAUUUUUUAGCCACGCAAACUGAGGCUCAAGGAAGUUCUGGAUCACAAUCCGGUUUUCACACACUGCCAUUUGUUGCUGUUUUCAUUGACGUUUUCCCUUUUCUUGAUAAGUCCUGAGGUUUUUGUGUUCCAUUUUCAUGCCCCAGAUAUUUCCAGGGAUCGGCUUCUUCCACAGACCCGGCAGGGUCAGAGAGCAGAAUUUAUAGCCCCCGAGUCCGCCCCCCCACCUUCCCACGGGAGGCUCCGGAGUUUAGCCCAAUGACCCAACAGACCCUGGGUGCCUCCUGUGUACAGGCCUUGUGCUAGGUUCUGGGAGACUCACCGAGAACAAUUACCCCCCCCCCCCCCGGCUGUCCACAGUCUAAGAAGGGAGCUAAGCAAGUUAGACCCAUGGAGAAGGAACCAUAACUAGCAGCUUGGACCAUCAGUUCCUAAGGAAAGUACUCAAGAGGGACGCCAGGGGGCGCCGUGGAGCUCAGAGCCUGGAGCCAGAAAGGCUCAUCUCCUCAAGUUCAAAUCCAGCCUGAGACACUUACUGAGUGACCUGAGCAAGGCACUGAAUCCUGUUUGCCUCCAUUUCCCCUCUGCCCAACGAGCUAGAGAAGGAAAUGGUGAAGCCUUCCAGUAUUGUUGCCAAGAAAGCCCCAAAUAGGGUCAUGAGACUUGGACACGACUGAAGGAGGGAGAGGUCCCUUUGGGCUGGACAGCUGGCAGAGGAAGCAUGGCCUCGGAUGGGAUUGGGUCUUCCCAGGACAAAGGGUGGUGUGAGCUCAGACGAGCCAGGAGAGAGCUGGGGCACCAAGGUCCCAGCGAGGCAGCGACAGAACUAGGAAUGGAACCCAGUUCCUCCCAGUGCUCCACAUGUCCAAGAUGGCGGCCCAAUGGAAGCGAGGAAGGACUAAAUGAGCCCAGCAGCAACUCUAUAGCCUUUUUAAAAAAUCCUCACCUUCUGUCUUAGAACCAAUACUGUGUAUUGUACUGGUUCUAAGACAGAAGAACAGAAAGGAUUAGGCAGUAAGGGUUUAAGUGACUUGCCCAGGGUCACACAGCUAGGACGUGUCUGAGGCUGGAUUUGAACCUAGGACUUCCCAUCUCUAGGCCUGGCUCUAUCCACUGAGCCACCCAGCUGCCCCCUAUAAUGUUUAUUAAGCAUCUACUGUGUGCUAGACAAUUGUGAAGCAAAAAGUAAAGCUGAGUUCAGAGAAUACAGGGGAAUCUACCUGGAAUUAAGAAAAUAUCAAUAAUAGUAAUAUUCAGUCAUUACUGAUGUAUAUCAAUAAAUCCAAAAUAGUAAUAAUAA